AUGUCGGUCGGGGAGCUUCUGGCUAAGCAGCUCACGGCGCAGAAGCUUUUCUUCAACAUUAGCUUUUGGGGGUUCCACAUAGGCAUCUUUGCCUAUGGUUGGUACAAGCAGUUUUCAGACCCGCGUCUGGCCGGUCUGAACACUCUUACUUUCUCCGUUUGGAUUUCUCGAGGUGCCGGUCUGGUGCUCUCCGUCGAUGGAAUGUUGAUUCUGCUGCCCGUCUGCCGAACGAUCAUGAGGUGGAUCAGGCCCAAGAUCCGCUUCAUUCCUUUUGACGAGAACAUUUGGUUCCAUCGCCAAAUCGCAUAUGCCAUGCUGAUCUUUAGCAUCACACAUACCGCUGCGCAUUAUGUCAACUUUUUCAACGUCGAGAGAGUUCAAGUUCGUCCCCAAACUGCUCUUCAGAUUCACUACGCGCAGCCUGGUGGUGCCACUGGUCACAUGAUGCUGUUGUGCAUGCUUCUCAUGUACACUACAGCCCACCACCGCAUUCGUCAGCAAUCCUUCGAGACUUUCUGGUACACUCACCACCUGUUCAUCCCGUUCUUCCUCGGUCUCUACACCCACACGGUGGGAUGCUUCGUGCGUGACACUGUGGAGCCGCUCUCGCCGUUCGCUGGAGACGAGUACUGGAACCACUGCAUUGGAUAUCUGGGUUGGCGCUGGGAGCUGUGGACUGGUGGCUUUUACCUGAUUGAGCGUCUUUACCGUGAAAUCCGAGCCCGUCGUGAGACCAAGAUCACCCGCGUCGUCCGCCAUCCUUACGACGUCGUCGAAAUCCAGUUCAACAAGCCCUCUUUCAAGUACAAGGCUGGGCAGUGGCUCUUCCUGCAGGUCCCCAGCGUCUCAAAGUACCAAUGGCACCCUUUCACCAUUACGUCUUGCCCGUACGACCCCUACGUUUCGGUCCACGUUCGUCAGGUCGGUGACUUCACCAAGGCGCUCGGUGAUGCCACCGGUGCUGGAGCGGCCCAGGCCAAGCUCUACGAGGGAGUCGACCCUAUGGGUAUGUACGAGGUCGCACUCCAGAACGGCCAGCAGAUGCCCAUGCUCCGCAUUGACGGUCCCUAUGGCGCUCCUGCCGAGGACGUGUUCGAGAACGAAAUCGCAGUCCUGAUUGGAACUGGUAUUGGUGUCACACCUUGGGCCUCGAUUCUCAAGAACAUCUGGCAUCUGCGCAACGGCCCGAACCCGCCCACCCGUCUCCGACGUGUUGAAUUCCUGUGGGUUUGCAAGGACACCAGCUCCUUUGAAUGGUUCCAGACUCUUCUGUCUUCGCUCGAGCAGCAAUCAACAGACGCUGCGGGUCUCCCCGGCGGCAACGGUGUCGAGUUCCUCAAGAUCCACUCGUACCUUACUCAGAAGCUCGACAUGGACACCACCCAGAACAUUGUGCUCAACUCGGUCGGCGCUGCUCUCGACCCCCUGACUGAGCUCAAGUCCCGCACCAACUUUGGUCGCCCCAACUUUGCUAAGCUGUUUGCCUCGAUGCGUGAUGGUAUUAUGGACAGGACAUAUCUGAGUGGUCUUGAGGGAAGCAUGAAGACCACGGUGGGAGUCUACUUUUGCGGUCCUUCAGCAGCUGCUCGCGAUAUCAAGGCUGCUUGCAAGACUGCAUCCGUCAACGAAGUCGAGUUCCGUUUCUGGAAGGAGCAUUUCUAG